UGGUAUGGAGCGGGCUACAUGUUGCCCAACAUGCCAGUGCAAAUGUUUUCUCAAUUAGGUGUCUUAUCUCCGGUGAGCGCACUCGCAUCAGAUGAAGCUUGCUGACAGCGUAAUGGCAGGGAAAACCUCGGAAGGCUCCAUCAAAUGGCAGCUCUGCUACGACAUCUCAGCCAGGACCUGGUGGAUGGAUGAAUUCCAUCCUUUCAUCGAAGCCCUGCUGCCCCACGUCCGGGCCUUCGCCUACACAUGGUUCAACCUGCAGGCCCGCAAGAGGAAGUACUUCAAGAAGCACGAGAAGCGCAUGUCCAAGGAGGAGGAGCGCGCCGUGAAGGACGAGCUGCUGGGCGAGAAGCCCGAGGUCAAACAGAAGUGGGCGUCACGCCUCCUGGCCAAACUGCGCAAGGACAUCCGGCCCGAGUUCAGGGAGGACUUUGUGCUGACGGUGACGGGGAAGAAGCCGCCGUGCUGCGUGCUGUCCAACCCCGACCAGAAGGGCAAGAUGAGGAGGAUCGACUGCCUGCGCCAGGCAGACAAAGUGUGGAGGCUGGACCUGGUCAUGGUGAUUUUAUUCAAAGGGAUUCCCCUCGAAAGUACUGACGGGGAGAGGCUGGUAAAGUCUCCUCAGUGUUCGAACCCCACCCUGUGUGUGCAGCCGCAUCACAUUGGAGUUUCAGUCAAGGAACUGGAUCUCUACCUGGCCUAUUUCGUGCACGCAGAAGCUGGCCAAUCAGAAAGCCCCAACCAGGCCAGCGAAUCAGAUAUCAAGGAACAGCCAGAGAACGGUCAUCUUGGUUUUCAGGACAGCUUUGUGACGCCCGGCGUCUUCACGGUGGCCGAGCUCGUACGAGUCUCUCAGACACCAAUCGCAGCCGGUACCGGUCCUAACUUCUCAUUGGCCGACCUGGACAGCUCCUCUUACUACAGCAUGAGUCCAGGAGCCAUGAGGAGACCGCUGCCGAGCACCUCCUCCUCCAGCUCUGCCAAGAGGAUAAAGUGUAUGGAAGAGGACGUGGACAGUCCAGGCGAGGAGUCCUACUACCCCAGUCAGGGUCGGUCUCCGGGCAGUGGCAGCCAGGCCAGCAGCUGGCACGACGUGGAGCCAGCUGGAUAUAAGCUGCGUGGCUCUCUAGCUAGCUCAUUCAUCUCCCGACAAGCGAGCCCCCAUGCUCCCCCCUCCAGCCUCCACUUCUCCUCCUCCCCCAUCCUGCAGCAGCCCGGCUCCUACUUCUCCCACCCGGCCAUCAGGUAUCACCCGCAGGAGACGCUCAAGGAGUUCGUCCAGCUGGUCUGUCCUGACUCCGCCCAGCAGGCCGGACAGGUGGGCUUCCUCAACCCCAAUGGUAGCUCCCAAGGAAAGGUCCACAACCCUUUCCUGCCGACGCCCAUGCUGCCUCCCCCUCCGCCUCCCCCGAUGGCCCGUCCCGUCCCGCUGCCCGUCGACGCCAAGCCGCCCUCCACCUCCUCCACCGAGGGCGGAGGCAACUCGCCCACCUCGCCCACCUACUCCACCCCCACUUCAUCUCCAGCCCAGCGGUUCGUCAGCGUCGGACCCAGAGACCCCGGCUUUAACAUCCCUCAGCAACCACAGUGGUACCUGGGAUAAGGACUCCAGAGGCCCCUCCCCCCUCCACCCACCUGUACGACAGAUCGCUGCAGCCUCCUCCUCGACCUUUGACCUUUGAUGCCAGCUGCGACAGAGAGUCCUUUCUUGCCCCGCCCCUACAACCCUCGUCCUCCUCCCCCCUCUGCGCCUGACUCCACCCCCACCAGCGCCAUACACAGACUCAGCAGCAUCAGCAUGGCUACAGCGGAUCAAACGCACCCCAGCCCCGGUGUUAAACACACACUCUAUAAACUGUACGUCAUAGACUUCCCUGUAGACAUAUGGUUCAUAUGUCGAUGUCCAUAUAUAGUGCCAGACCCUGCCCCCCCUCCACCCCCCACCCCAAAACCAGAAAGAAGAAAUUUGUGGGGGGAUUGAGCCUUUAAUUUUUGGGAAUGCCGUAAGGCUGAAUCACAGAGCUUCCCCUCUGGAGAAACUACAUACCCACCCUCCCAUCAUCCUCCACAGUGUGUGCAUCCAGUGGACUUACAGCGGUACAAUGCCCUCCACCCACCAUCCGACCCCCUCAGUCCAGGUGGAUCCCGAUGGCCUGGGGUUGGUUUGGUUGGUGGGACCGGAGGGGAUGCGCUGUGGGUGGGGGAGAGGGGAGGUGUUACCUGGCUCAGAUACCACCAGCUAAUACCCCCGACCCCCUGCCUGAGCCCUCACACACCUCCUGGGAUGGACUCCACCCCCACUUGACCCCGCCCCCCUGGUUGGUGGCAUGUCAGGGAGGGAGGAAGUCGACAAGGCUCUUUCCAAGGACAUGGACCAGUGCUUAAUGGAAAGAGCUGCCCUGAUGGGGAGGUGGUGCGGGCACAAACAGACGCCCUGCCUGUUUCACAAUAACAAC